AUGGCAGAAGCAUUCAAAUUCAAAUUACUUCAAUCCACUCCUUACUAUGCUCAAGCUAAUGGACAGGCAGAAUCAAGUAACAAGUUGAUCAUCAACAUUAUUAGAAAAAUGCUUGAGAAAAAUCCAAAGCAAUGGCAUGUGAAGUUAUUAGAAACUCUGUGGGCAUAUAGGACUUCAAAGAGAGAAGCAACUGGCAUGGCCCCAUAUGCUCUAACUUAUGGUCAUGACGCAAUUCUACCUAUGGAAAUAGCAGUCCAAUCUCUCAGAAUUGGUCAACAACAUAAUCUGACUGGAGAAGACUACUCUCAAGCCAUGUUGCUAGAACUGGAAGGAUUAGAUGCAAGUAGAAUUAAUACCCUCAACAAACUCUUAGCAGGAAAACAGGCUGUGUCAAGGGCCUACAAUAAAAGAGUUAAAAACAAGAGUUUUGAAGAGGGAGAGAUAUUCUGGAAAGCAGUUCUGCCCCUUGGAACACACAUAGCUGGUUAUGGAAAGUGGUCACCUACAUGGGAAGGUCAUUUCAUAAUUAACCAAAUCCUUGGACCCAUACAGAUUACAGGAUCCAGAUGGAGAAAUCCAUGUAGCACCAAUCAAUGGCAAAUGGCUGAAAAAAUUCUAUCCAACUAUGUGGGAUUCAUAGGCAGUACAAAUAGAUCCUGGAAUUGA